AUGUUAGAUUGCCUAACGUUCUGCGCGAUUGUGUACUGGGUCUUGGCGACGGUCUACACCACAUUGCCCAUCAAUGUGGCAGUGUGUGGAGCCGAUCCCGCGCGGGGCGUGCUGGGCGCCCUACUGCCCCACACCUUCGGCGGCGAAGUGGACAUCGAUGCUGACACUUGGCGUGGCUACCCGUGCAACAGCCAUCUGGUGGCAAAGGUGCUGUUCAUCCUGCAGCGCCCCGGAGCCAUCGUCACACACAUUAUGACCGGUGGCAGCCAGGUUGAGCCGUUCGUGCCCGUCCUAUUCGUGGUGCCCAUCCUGUUCAUCACCACCAUGGUGCUGCGCGAGGGGCUGGGCGUGCAACUCAUGUCACCAACGGCCAGCUGCACACUGCUCAAGUUCGGCAUCGCUGUGGGCAGCCGCUCCAUGAUCCUGCUCAAGUCGCUGCUGCUGGGCAAGGGCUCACUCUACUACAAGCGUGAGAGCAACAUGGAGUUCUUCAUCAUUGUCUUUACCGCCUGCACCAUCAAGAUCCCCUUGCUGCACGAGGUGGCCGUCAGCGGCGGCACCAUGCUCGUCAUCUGCAUGCAGGCGGCACUGUGCCCGCACCACUUCCUGCCUGAGGUCGACCCCCUCAACGUGGUGCUGCAGGCCACCACCGCCACCGUGUUCAUGCUGGUGAACGCAUCCUACCAGCAGCACUGCCGCCUGGCCAGCCAGGCGGCUAAGCACAACACCCUGGCGGCAUGCAGUGCAGCCGCAGGGGGAGCGGGACCCGGCUCAGGCAGCUUGACUGAUGGGGAUGUGGUACAUCUGCUCAAGACCAUCCAGAAUACUAUGCAAAACACUCUGAGCGACAUGGUGAAGCUCACUGAGUUCUUAUCGAAUGUGGUGCUUGUGGACCUGAAGCACCACCUCAGGCCACCAAGUUCAGGGCACGCAUCGCGUGGCUCCAACCAGGUCUUCCGUUGCCGCCUUAUGAAGUCCUAUGGCAUGACCCCGAAGUCAAUGUGGUGCAUGGUGCUGGGUAAGGCGCUUCCCGACGACUUCCUGGUUGCCGCCCACCUUUUUGCCGUGCGAUGGGAGCGGUAUGCAGACAUCAUCAUGGGCAGUGACUUCCACAUCGAUGGCUCCCAGAAUGGCAUCAUUUGGUGCAGCGCCAUCCAGCAUGAGUACGAGCUGCAGAACAUCUGCUUCUCGAGGGGCAGCAACAAGGAUGAGUUCAUCCUGCACGUGCUGGACAAGUCCCUGCUGCCAAAGAAGCUGUCAUCCGUGGGUCAGCACAAGAAUGACACAGCCUUUGUGAAGGUGCUGGGUGACAUCACCUUUGGGGACCUUCACAACAAGCAUGUGAAGUUUGAGAGCACCACUGGCAAGGGGCCCUACAAGCGUGCUCUGGCCCUGCAGGCAAGGUUAGCACUGGCGCAUUGUGCAAAGACUUACCCGAACGACUUCGACCCGACGGUGUACCUCUUUGAUGAUAUGUCGGAGCACGAAGGCAAGGAGGAGCUCAUCAAGAUGUGGCUGAGCCGGCUAGACACUGGAAGUGUUGUGGAGGUGGGGACCGAGUCAUCCAUGUUCCCAGAGGAGUCGGUGGACAUGGAGGAGGUGGAGGACAUGGAGGAGGUGGACAUGUAG